AUGGCAUGUACUUCCAUUCCAUGCCCACAUCCCUUCAACACAUUUUUACUGGCCCCAGGACUAGCUUUCAAUGGCCGGGACACAGAUGGGAUGCGAUGGGAUGGCUGUAGAAACGUCAAAAUCCUUCUCUGGGAGGGGUCCAACCAAUUUAGCCAUCUCAUAGAGUCCUUCAAUACAAACACCAAUGCCUGGGUAGCGCAAGAAGGUGCUGUGAGAAAGUAUGAAUUUGUGGUAGAUCUGAGUAGAUGUUUGAUUUUGAUUGUGACAAAAUUGGAUUAUGAAAAUGGGAAUACUUAUAGCAGGCAGAAAUAUGGGUUCAUGUCAUGCCAAUACACAUUUCUCAAGUUGCUAGAGCAUAGAAAGAUUAGCAGCAUGCUAAGCUUUGUAAGGUUUAGUCUGACUGAUCCUCAUAUGCUGGAAAGAUGCCUCUCAUACUCUGGUAAGGAUGCAAACGGUAACUGCCUAUGGAACGGUUGUGCCAAUGUCAAGAUCCGGCUGUACGAGGGAGCCACUAGUUUUGGGGACAUGAUUUCUUCCUUCAACAUAAAUACAAAUGCUUGGGUAGCCCAAUACGUGUACAAGAGAUUGCGGUUCUUGAACAACCGCUACAUCUCACAGGCCGCAGCACUUGUAUUCCUAGCAGUAUGGCAUGGACUUCACUCUGGGUAUUAUGCCUGUUUCUUCAUGGAGUUUGUCGUCAUAAACCUCGAAAAAGAUCUGUCAAGCACAGUGAGCAAGUAUCCACGCAUUGUCUCUGCAAUCAAUGCAGGUCCAUUAGUGAUAUUCAUUAAGUUUGUUAUUAAGAAGAUGUAUGUAGUGAUAUUCAUGGGCUACUGCUUAGGACCAUUUGUUUUGCUGAAAUUCCACAGGUGGUGGGAUUUCUACGUUUCACUCUACUUUUCUGGUCACAUCAUCUUUGCUGGAUGGCCGCUGUAUUCUCCAGUUGUAAAAGCAGUUUUGAAGGCUAUUGGUGGAGAAAGAGUGAGUGUAGAGAAGGGUAAAAAAGAAUAACUAAAUAAAGACAACAUUAUAUCCUAGCAGAAUUCAUUCAAGGUCACUGGAAAUGAACAAGAAAGGGGAAAUGUUUUAAUGUCUGUAUGUAUUACUUUUAAUAGGAGUUUGAUAGAGCACAAGAUUAUUUUUUCCUUGUAAGUAUUUACAGAAGCCUGUUGAAUUCUCUUAACAGAUGCAUAUACAAACACAAGUAAACACAGAUAUAGUCAUCUAUAUACAGGUAUAAGCAGAACCUGUAUGCCAUGUAGUUAACACAGUGGAGUGAGCGGGUGCAUGCAUUUUGUGCAUGCAAAUAUUUGAUGUGUCUAGGCCAAGUAGACUUACUGUAAACCAUAAAAUAUUUUAAGUCCUUAAAAAAUAUCCUGGAAUAGAGACUUCAGUGAAUGAGUACUAUUUCUCCAUAUUGCUUGGUAACUCAGACCAAACAUAAAAGAUAAGUUACUAGAAUUAUAACCAAUAUUAAGUACUGUACAACAAGUUUAUAUUUGUCUGCCUAAAAGAUAGUAUAGUUAAAUAUGUGUUCAAAGAUGGUAAUGAAUUAACCUUUAUAGGGAAGAAGUUCACAUUGCAGCAAAUUUUCAAUAAUUAUUGAGUAAAGAAACAGUUGCUUGUUAUUGAAGGAAAAUCUUGGUCAUAAUUUAAGGGAAGUGACACCUUUUUGACUACAAUGAUUAUGUGUGGUAUAAUCAAACUUAAUUUUAAAUUAGAAUAGCUGGUUUGAUUUUACUUAGGAAAGUAAAGAAGAUUAGUAUGAUGUGAUGUUCUGGUAAUGCAUAUUGGUUUGAAUGAAUUUAGUAAUGGUGAAAUAAGGUACAUUGAUUUGCAUGUUGAUUUUGAAAGACUGGUAAUAUUGUGAUAUUUAUUAAACCUAGAAAGAAUAUUCCUGUAAAGUUUCUGGAUUCUAGAUAUAAAAUUUGCAUUGUUGAAAUUGUGAAGACUUCCAGUAUUGGUGAGCUUAAGAAUAAGGAUAUUUCUAUGUAAUUUUAAAUCCCCUUUCUGAGGAAACCAGUAUUGGAAAUACAAAAAUAAAGACAUUUAUUUCUUCAGUGGAAA